AUGGCCGCUACCGACUACAAGUUCGAGGGCUGGGUUGGCCUUGACGAGAAGUCGUCCGAGGGCAACAUGGUCUGGCAGCAGUACGACCCCAAGCCUUGGGAGGAGACGGACGUCGACAUCCAGAUCACCCACUCCGGUGUCUGCGGCUCCGACAUCCACGUCCUGCGCUCCGGCUGGGGCCCCGCCCCUACCCCGUCUGCGUCGGCCACGAGAUCGUCGGCCGAGGGCGGCAUCAAGGUCGGUGACCGCGUCGGUGUCGGUGCCCAGUCCGACUCCUGCCUCGGCCGCCAGGGCGACUGCGAGCCCUGCGCAACCAAGAACGAGCAGUACUGCCCCAAGUCCGUCCACACCUACGGCGCCUUCCACUACAACGGCGGCAAGGCCAUGGGUGGCCACGCCAAGUACCACCGCUGCCCCUCCCACUUCGUCGUCAAGAUCCCCGACGGUCUUGAGUCGGCCUACGCCGCGCCCAUGCUGUGCGGUGGUGUCACCAACCACGGCUGCGGCCCCGGCAAGACCGUCGCCGUCAGCGGUGUCGGCGGUCUUGGCCACAUGGCCAUCAUGCUCGCCAAGGCCCUCGGCGCCGACAAGGUCGUCGGUAUCUCCCGCAAGGCCGACAAGCGCGACGAGGUCCUGAAGAUGGGCGCCGACGACUACAUCGCGACCGCCGAGGAGGGCGACUGGGCCAAGAAGUACGCCAACACCUUUGACCUCGUCAUCUCCACCGUCUCCUCCUCCAAGGUCCCCAUGCAGGACUACCUCAACCUCAUCAAGCUCGACGGCUCCCUCGUCCAGGUCGGCAUGCCCGACGACGGUGCCUACACCAUCGCGCCCGCGCCCCUCGUCAUGCGCCGCGUCAAGUUCACCGGCUCCCUGAUUGGCUCCCCCCACGAGAUCCGCGAGAUGUGGGAGCUCGCCGCCAAGAAGGGCGUUAAGCCCUGGAUCCAGGUCCGUCCCAUGAGCGAGGCCAACCAGGCCAUCGUCGACCUCGAGGAGGGCAAGGCCCGCUACCGCUACGUCCUCCAGAACUAA